UCGAAUUUAGAUAUUUCCCACAUUUGACCUCCAAAAAACCAUCAUUGCGCAAAGACAGCAACGAGUUUCUGCACAAAUCAACGAUCAACCACACGCCGGAUAGCACAGAAAUACCUUCAUAAUGUCGAACAAGCAAAGAGAUUGGGCCGACGACGAUGAUCUCGACGAGACUACGACGACGGAGCUGCCGCCGCCGCAGACGAUGCAAAAUAAGGACGGAACCAAAACGACGGUGACCUGGCGCUACAACGACCAAGGCCAGAAGGUCAAGACGACGCGGCGGAUUCGGCUGGUGACGCACCGCGAGGUAGUCGACCCGCGUGUGGCCGAGCGCAAGACGUGGGCCAAGUUCGGCCUAUCGGAGAAGGACGGUGCGGGACCCCAGAUGGACACGACGUCGGUGGGCGAGAACAUCAUCUUCCGCCUGUCGACCAACUGGCGCAAGGACACCAAGGAGGAGGGCAAGGACGCCGGCGCCACCGCCAUGAAGGAGAAGCUGAAGGACAAGACGGUCAAGUGUCGUAUCUGUAAUGGCGAGCAUUUCACUGCUCGCUGUCCCUACAAGGAUACCAUGGCCCCCGUGGGUGCCGAGGGUGCCGCGGGCGACCCAGCUGCUGGCAUGGGCGACGAGCCUGCAGCUGCGGGAGGAGCUGGUGCGGGUAAGAAGGGCAGCUACGUCCCGCCGGCUCUGAGAGGGUCCGGUGCGGGUGCGGGCGAGAAGAUGGGCGGCAAGUAUGGCGAAAGGGACGACCUUGCUACGCUACGUGUCACGAACGUCUCCGAAAUGGCAGAGGAAAGCGAGCUUCGCGACAUGUUUGAGCGUUUUGGACGCGUUACUCGCGUGUUCUUGGCCAAGGACCGCGAGACGGGUAUGGCAAAGGGCUUUGCAUUCAUCAGCUUUGCGGACAGAGGCGAUGCUGUCAAGGCGUGCAGCAAGAUGGACGGCUACGGUUUCAAGCAUCUGAUUUUACGUGUCGAGUUCGCAAAGAAGGCUGCGUAAGCGGGAGAGGAACGGGAUAUGGUGGGCAUCGGAAAAAUGCAGAUAGACUGAAUGCUCUGCUAAUGGUUUAUGAUGAAAAUUGGGCCCUGGUGUUUAUUUGCACAAUCGCAAUGUUGACAUGGUUACAUGAAAAUGAGCAGUGAUGAAAAGCCGGCUGCAAUCUG